ACAACCCUCCUUUAAAUAAAUAAUACCCUCUCUAGAAUCCUACCGUUUAGCAACAAUUCCCCAACUCCAUUUAGUUUCCACCAAUCAUAAACCGAAAUACCCUUCCCAAAAUUGCAUUAACUGACUGACGAUCGUUUUACCAAAAAUCGACUAAGGCAGUUACUGACAAACCAUAGACCAAGCUCGCCGAGCGUUCUUACCGAAUUCAUACCUACUUUUCUACCGACCAAAUUUAUGUAACCAGAGUCAGUGCUCACUUUUCAAUAAAUAAUUUAUUUUUAAAAUAACUAUUGUGAUCUUUUUAAUUAAAUAUCACAAAUUUCUUGUAGUUUCAUACCUCUUUUAAUUUACAAGAAAACAUUUUGGUCCUCAAAGCCGGAGUAUAUAAAUUUAUAUUUGCAAAUCCCAGUAAAACAUACAUAUUAGUAAAAAAGUGUAACGUGCAAGUGACAAUACCAACGGUGUCCAUCAGUUCAAGUGUAUCACGACGACCAAUUCCAACUGCAGUCCAGAAAGCCAUUCAACGUCCUAGGAGGGCAUCAAAAUUUAUCAUCGCCAUCAUCAUUAAAGGUUAGUUGGUUUUUUGUUUUGCCAAAUCAAUUAAUAAUCGGCCAAUUAACAUAAAUCCUUUCAAUCUAAAACCCAUUGCAUACCCAUUUUAAAUUUCGUACAUCUUUGAUAAUCUAUUCAUCCCUAUUUGAAUCGAUAUGGCUGAUCUCACUCGACUUAAAAGACAACGCGGACAUAUUCAGGCCAUGAUAACCACGCUAAAAAAGAUUCUAGAUGCAUCAGAUGAAAAUCCGGAUCAACGUAACCUUAACUAUAUUAAAUCAUCUCUUGAUUCGGCUCGGAAAGCUUUUGAAAAAUUUGAAAGAAUUCAAAGUCAAUUAGAAGAGUUAGAUGAGAAAGAAAUAGAUAAUCGCGCCGCAUACGUACAAGUUUAUAACCUGGAAGUAGCCCGUGCUGAAACAUUGCUACAAGAAGCAAAUCCCCCUCCAAUACCGGCAGGUGACCAAGCAGCAACCAACGCAACCAUUGUUCAGACACAAGUCACUUCAGCACUACCACCUAUCACCGUACCUACCUUUGACGGAGCUCCAGAAAAUUGGUUCUCCUUUUUCAAUUUAUUUGAAGCCGUACUUGACGAAUACAAGUUAAAACCAGUUAAAAAAUUACAUUUUCUUCGGACAGCGCUCAGUGGAAAAGCAGCAAACGCGAUCGAAUCCCUCGAAUUAACAGACGAAAAUUAUCAAGUUGCUGUUUCGAUUUUAAAAGAUCGAUAUGAGUCAACCCGGCGACUCACCCGUCGGCAUUGGUCAGUUUUGCGCGAAUAUCCACGUUUGCAGAAAGAUUCACCAUCGGCGAUUAGUCAACUCGUAGAUACUUUCAACCAGCACACUAGAGCAUUAGAAAAUCUUAAAGCACCAGUCUGUUUUUGGGAUAUUCCGUUGGUAGAUUUAAUUUUGUCCAAGAUCGGUUCCACUACAGCAUGGCAUUGGGAAUUAACCCUAUCCGAUGAUAAAAUUCCACCAUACAAAGACCUUUUAAAGUUCCUCGAAAAAAGAGCGGUUUGCGGAGAUAAUGUCCGAAAUGACACAAAUUCAAGUUCCUCGAAACAAGAUCAUAAUUCAAAACCAAAUCAUCAUCGACCGCAAACUCAAGCAUUUUACUCGAAUAACAAUGCUAGGCAACAUUCAUCAAACCAUCAGCAUGAAACCUCGGUUAACUGCCCCGUCUGCGAUGAGAAACAUCGAUUAUAUACCUGCGACAAAUUUCGUGAGCUAACGGUCGAGGAAAGACGCAAGGUCGUUUCAAAUGCCCAGCUAUGUUUCAAUUGUUUCGGAAAUAAUCAUACAGUAAAAUCAUGUCGUUCAAAAGGUACAUGCAGAAAAUGUUUAAAACGUCAUAAUACAUUAUUACAUAUUGAAAUUACCGAUAAUUCAUCAGUCAGUCCGAAGUCUGAAUCCAACAACAAUAACAACAAUGAAGACCCAGCUACAAAAAGCCUACCCGCAUCGAAAGGAAGGCAAAUUACCUUAGUAGUAGACACGUUCUCGAACGACAUUAUGGUUACAGCCAUAUUAAAUGUGUUAGAUAAAGACCAAAAAGCUAUGUCAUGCAGGGCAUUGCUUGAUACCUGUUCCACUACAAAUUUCAUGACCCAAAGUUUAGCAGAGACCUUAAGAUUGAAAACUAUUACCUGUCGUAUACCUAUCGGCGCACUCAAUACCAUGACCACUUAUUGUAACAAAAUAACUACCGCUACCAUUACCUCUCGUGUGAACAAUUUUAAGAGAACUUUGACCUUUUUAAUCAUACCUACCAUAUCGCAUAUCAUACCAGAUCAACCAAUUCAACGAGAAAUGUUAAAGAUACCUGCAAAUAUCAAGUUAGCUGACCCUACCUUUCAUAAACCAGGAUCUAUUGACCUGCUUAUAGGAGCAGGAACCACACUUUCAGUGUUAUCAAUCGGACAAAUACCAUUGUCAUUACCAGACCAACAAGAAGUAUUCCUUCAGAAGACAUUACUCGGAUGGAUUAUAGGAGGAGCUGCACCAACAAGUAAAAAUGUCACUGCGCCGCAGUGUCAUGCAACCAGCACCAUUAAUUUCGAUUUAACCAAGUUUUGGGAGAUAGAAGAAUGCCCAACCACCAGUAAACUUACACCAGAAGAAAUACAGUGUGAACUGCAUUUUCAGAAACAUGUAUCAAGAACACGCGAUGGCCGAUAUAUCGUAGCGUUACCAUUUAACCCAAAUAGUCCUGACCUUGGAGAAUCGUACCAUCUCGCGUUAAAAAGAUUAAAAAGUACCGAACGAAAAUUAAAGAAUGACUUAAACCUAGAAGUUCAAUAUUAUAAUGUAUUACAAGAAUAUGUAGACCUCAACCAUAUGUCACCAGUCAAUGUUUCACCUUCAAAUACACCUAAUUAUUACCUACCACAUCACGCUGUGAUUAAAAACAGCAGUAUGACCACUAAAGUACGAGUUGUAUUUGAUGGAUCUGCGAAUACAACUACCGGUGUAUCUUUAAAUGACGUAUUAUUCACUGGACCUACCAUUCAAUCUGAUUUAUUCUCAUUAUUAAUACGGUUUAGGAAACACCCUAUCGUUAUAACAGGCGAUAUUGAAAAAAUGUACCGACAAUUUUUAAUUAGAAAAGAAGACCGAAAAUACCAACGCAUUCUGUGGAGGAACAGUAAUAAUGAAAUACAAACCUACGAGUUAGAUACCGUAACCUUUGGGAUUAGAACGUCUCCAUACCUGGCUAUUCGAUGUUUACACCAAUUAGCCGACGAUGAAGGACAACAGUUUCCUAUAGCAGCAAAAGUUUUAAAAGAAGAUUUUUAUGUAGACGACCUACUCUCAGGAACUGAAGAUGUGGAAAAGGCAAUAAAAAUUAGACAACAAGUAACACAAAUCUUAAGAAGGGCCGGACUCACAAUUCGUCAAUGGGCCUCAAACAACUCUGCUGUAUUAAAAGACGUACCUCAAGAAAAUAUAAACCCUCAUUUGCAGUUGGGUGACUCGACAUUAAAAACACUUGGUAUAUGUUGGGAAUCCAGAACUGACAAUAUAAUCUAUACAGUUAAACCUAUUUUAUUUUUAGAACAAACCAAAAUAACCAAGCGAAACAUUUUAUCUGAAGUUGCAAAAAUAUUUGAUCCUCUCGGUUUAUUAGCUCCAGUCAUUAUUUUAGCAAAAAUUCUUAUCCAAAAGCUGUGGGAUGCAAAACUAGAUUGGGAUGAAUCUUUACCUAUCCAACUCCAUACAGAAUGGAAAACCUAUUGCACUCAACUGAAUAUAUUAAACCAGGUAUCAUUUCCAAGAACCAUUGUUACACCGAAUACAAAACAACAACAAUUGCAUGGAUUCUGUGAUGCCAGUGAAAAGGCAUACGGAGCCUGUAUCUACCUGCGAGUGACUGACCCUCAAGGAAAGAUCCAGGCACUUCUAAUAUGUGCCAAGUCAAAAGUAGCCCCUUUAAAAACCAUUACCAUACCCCGACUUGAAUUAUGUGGAGCUCAACUGUUAUCAUCUUUAAUGAAAGCAACAAUCACUGCAUCAAAAAUGACAUUUGACAAUAUACAUUAUUGGACCGAUUCUACCAUUGUUCUUAACUGGUUAAAUACCUCACCACAUCAGUUAAAAACAUUUGUAUCCAACCGAGUUUCAGACAUUCAAACAAAAACCGAUGUUAAAUCAUGGAGACAUGUUCCGACAAAAGACAAUCCAGCAGAUCUUGUAUCAAGAGGAGUUUUGCCAGCUGAAUUUACCUCAAUGAACAUCUGGAAACAUGGGCCAUCUUGGCUAAGAGAACUUGCCGAAAAAUGGCCUACGUAUCAAUUACCAUUGUUAAAGGAAAUACUUGAGCACCGGAGAGCUACCUGUUUAUUAACCAUACCUCAUGAGUUUGUCGACCUUACCAGAUUUUCAAGUUAUAACCGUAUGAUCCGUUCGUUAGUUUAUUGUCUCAGAUUCGGCCAACAUUGUAAAACAAAAGGUCCUUUAACUAUAAAGGAACUACGUGAUAUGGAGAUCCGGAUUUUAAAAGCUGUACAAAAACAAGCCUUUGCUAAAGAAAUAAAAGAAUUACAAGAAUCGGGAACUCUCAUUCAUGAUACCAUCAAAAUAUCAAAAUUAACUCCAAAAAUGGAUGACCAACAAAUUAUGAGAGUAGGUGGACGAUUAUCUUCAUCAGACUUACCCUAUAACACAAAACAUCCUAUCAUUUUACCAAAGAAUAAUCAUGUUACUAAUGUAAUUAUUCGACAUUACCACAAUCUACAUUUGCAUACCGGAGUCCAUCAAACAUUAUAUUUACUCCGACGUAAAUAUUGGAUUAUUGAUGGAAGAAGUCAAGUCUUCAAAGUUUUGAAAGGAUGUUUACAAUGUUGGAAAACAAAACCUCCAACACCCAGUUACCUCAUGGGAGACCUACCUAGACAACGAGUCACGCCUUCGCGCCCUUUCAGUCAAGUUGGAGUUGAUUACUGUGGACCAUUUCUACUGAAAGAGAAGAAAUACCGUAAUAAAACAGCAGUAAAAUCGUAUGUUGCCGUAUUUGUUUGCUUAUCUAUAAAAGCUGUCCAUUUAGAAUUAGUUACCGACCUGUCCUCUGAAGGUUUUAUCGCAGCAUUAAGACGCUUCGUCUCUCGACGCGGUUUAUGCCAGGACAUCUUCAGUGAUAACGGAACUAACUUUGUAGGAGCAAAUAAUAUUUUGAAAGAAUUGACCGAAGAGCUUUAUACUACUGAUGCUCAAGAUAAGAUUAACGCUUACCUAACCAGCAAGGGAAUUCAAUGGCAUUUUAUACCACCACGGGCACCUCACGUGGGCGGCUUAUGGGAAGCCGCAGUGAAAAGCUUCAAACGUCAUUUGAUCCACGUCGCAGGACUAGAGAUGCUGUUUACCUAUGAACAAUUUAAUACCCUAAUAACCGAGAUCGAAGCCAUAUUAAAUUCGCGCCCUCUUACUCCCAUUUCUUCUGAUUCCAAUGAUCCCAUAGUCCUUACACCUGGCCAUUUUUUGAUUGGUGAUUCAUUAACCAACUUACGCGACCGAAAUUUCACCGAUGUCCCUACUAAUCGUUUAAAGACAUGGGAACAUAUCCAAAAGGUCAAACAAGACUUUUGGAAACGUUGGAGACGUGAAUAUCUCACUGAAAUAAUCCAACGAACCAAAUGGACAAAAUCAGAACCCAAUAUUACCGUUGGGACAGUGGUCAUCCUGAAGGAAGAUAACCUACCCCCAUCACAAUGGGCCUUGGGACGAGUCAUCGAAUGUUUACCAGGUGAUGACGGUGUUGUUAGAACGGUGAGAGUGAAAACCGCGAAAACCUCGUUCAUUCGUAAUGUGAAAAAAUUAGCAAUUUUACCGAUCAUUCAGACUGAGAAAGAAUAAAAAAAAAAAAAAAAAAAAAAAAUAGAAAGACAUUUACUAGAGACUUUAAGUGAUUUGAAAUUUACAUUACUUUACUUUAUUAAUAUUAUCGUAUUGUAUUGUUGUUCGGUUGACCCUCUCAACGGGGGGAGAAUGUUCAGUUAUGUAUCGUAGUUUUGUAAGUUUUUGAGAAAAUUGUAAAAUAUUUCUAAGUUUACUCAUAUUUUAAAAUGUUUGACAGAGUUUCUACAAAUACGUUGUAAAACGUAUAAUCCGAUAAUAUAUGACCGCUAAGAUUCAAGUAGUUACCAUUGUUAAAUAAUCCCUUUAAUGACCUAGACGAACCUUCGACAUAAACAGACAAAUUUUUACAACCCAUCUGUUUAUCAGAUGGCGACCAGACCACUUCGAAUUUAACAAUCUUCCCACACUAAGUUUAAACAACCCUCCUUUAAAUAAAUAAUACCCUCUCUAGAAUCCUACCGUUUAGCAACAAUUCCCCAACUCCAUUUAGUUUCCACCAAUCAUAAACCGAAAUACCCUUCCCAAAAUUGCAUUAACUGACUGACGAUCGUUUUACCAAAAAUCGACUAAGGCAGUUACUGACAAACCAUAGACCAAGCUCGCCGAGCGUUCUUACCGAAUUCAUACCUACUUUUCUACCGACCAAAUUUAUGUAACCAGAGUCAGUGCUCACUUUUCAAUAAAUAAUUUAUUUUUAAAAUAACUAUUGUGAUCUUUUUAAUUAAAUAUCACAAAUUUCUUGUAGUUUCAUACCUCUUUUAAUUUACAAG